AAGUCAAUGCUUCAAAAAUUUGACAAGCAGUACGAGUUGCCAGUUAAAACCUACUUUUCAGAAACUGCUGUGCCAAAAAUGUAUAGCAUGGUAAAGCAGUUGAUAAAAAGCGAACUUAUGAAUGUCGACUUCUACUCUGCCACAACAGACAUGUGGUCAAGUGUCAAUAUGACACCAUAUAUGAGUCUAACUGUUCAUUAUCUGAGCACUGACUGGAUUCUAAAAUCACAUUGCCUCGAAACCGUGUUUAUGCCCGAGAACCACACGUCGGAGAACAUUUCGGAAGCUCUACGGCACACGCAUUUGAAGAGUGGUCCUUGGAUGAAAAAAAGCUGACCUGUAUCACCACAGACAACGGGGCAAACAUCGUAGCAGCAGUGAAAAAACUGAACUGGUCGUGGCUGAACUGCUUUGGUCACAAUUUACAUUUGGCUGUCACAAACGCAAUGGCCAGCGUUAGGGAUCGCACAGCCCGAGCAAUGGGCCUAUGUCACACCUUGGUGAAUACAUUCUCUCAUAGCUGGUUAAAGAGAAGAGAUCUGGCGUUAGCACAAGCAGAACUUCAAAUCCCUCAGCAUAGCCUCAUACUGGAUUGCGCUACGAGAUGGGGCUCCAAACAGAAAAUGGUGGAAAGAAUUUUGGAGCAAGUCCCUGCUAUCAGAAGAGUUUUGGAUGACCGGCGACACCACCAUCUAAAUCCAAGCUGGCAAGAUAUUGCUGUGCUCGAAUCCGUGAAUGCAGCACUGAAACCCGCCGCUGAGUUUACGGAUCUGCUGUCUGGCGAGAGCUAUGUGACCGUGUCAUCAGUCAAACCCGUGCUGAAACUUCUUACAGAGGACAUCAUUAAACUAUCAAACGAGGAUACCACACUGACAUCGGAUAUUAAGCAAAAAAUGUGCAGUGUUCUCCUGGAGAAAUACGAACUAGCUGCCUUGCAAAAACUUUUGGCAAAGGCCUGUUUUUUAGACCCUAGAUAUAGGGGGGAUCAUAUUUUUGACACUGGUGCAAAAUCCGCAAUCAUCGAAGAGAUGCUGGGAAUGUCGGAGGAAGGAAGAGGCGGUGCCAGUGAAUCAGUGGCUACAGACGAAGGGCAAGCUGAGGUGCCACCUGCAGCAAAGAAAAAGACUCUUGGAGACCUGCUGAAUUCACGGACAACCUCUGCUUCAGCGUCCGUACCUAGUAGAGUUCGCUCAGAUAACGAGCUUACGUGCUAUUUACAAGAAGAUCCAAUAGACUCUAACGCAAAUCCACUCUCCUGGUGGCGCGAAAACCAGGGCAGAUUUCCGAUGCUUUCCAAAGUCGCUCGCAAGUACAUGUGUAUUUGUGCGACCAGCACACCAUCAGAAAGAGUUUUCAGUGCCGCCGGAAACAUUGUUACGCCUAUACGUUCGUCCCUGACACCACAUAAGGUUAAUACGUUAGUUUUUCUAGCACGAAACAAGGACAUGUUAAGCCAGGUUUAAAUCACAUUCCUUAACGCUCAAGUGAGCUUUUUUAUUUAUUAUUUCAUUUAUUUUUCCUGUACUGUAUUUUCAUUUACACUGUUCAUCAUCACUCAUGUGAUACUUGAGUUCUUUCGUUUUUCAGAUUGAAGGCAUGUUCUUAUUGCUGUGUUCGGCAUUUUGCAUUGGACAAAAAACAUUUUAUAACCCCUUUCUCUGUCAUUUAAAAAGUUAAUUCUCACGUGACAUAAUAGCCUAUUUAUUUCCAUUUUAUAUUUUUUUGCUGUAUUUUGACUUAAACAGAUUUUUUAUGUGAGAUAGGCUAAUUUAGUUUUUCAGAUUCAAGGCAUGGUCCAUUGUGUUCUGCAUUUAACAAUAAACAAAACAUUUUAAGGCCAGUCUCUCUGUCAUUUAAAAACAAAAAAAUAUAUACUACAUAAUAACAACUACUCAAUAAAUCUUUAAAUGCACCAAAAUUAUAUGUCAGGUAAUUUGCAAACAAAAAAGGUAGGUGGGGCGGUACAACCGCCAACCGCGCUAUUGACCCAGCCAUAAUUACCGCAAGGGAAAUUUCCCAACCGCGACAGCCCUAACCAGCAUCAUUUCAAACAUCAGCUUAACCAGAGCGAACGAGACGAGUGGGUGAAAUCAUUGAUGAGCGCACAUAAAGACAGAAACACGUGCAUUAAACAUGAGAACUGUUGCGGAGACUCUGUAAGAACAUAAACAACAAAUAACCAGGGCGAAUAAAACGAGUGGAUGAAAUUAUUGAUCAGUGCACAUACAUAGAGCGCGAUGGUAAACAUGGGAAGCGUAAACGAGCGUUCACCAAGCGCCAUAUGUGUUACUGAGACUCUGCACUGGCCAUCUUUUCUAACAUUAACACUUUUUAACUGCCCCAAACGAGUCAAGUCUGUGAGA